UCCGGUGCCGCCCGGGCCUCGCCGCUCCCUGCGCCGCCGCUCCGGUGCCGCCGGCGCUUCCCGGCUGCCGGCGGCCGCCGCGCCCGCGCCGGAGCGUGCGCAACAGGCGGGCGCCGGCGGAGCUUCGUGAGCGCUCGGUGAGCGAGUGGCCACGGGCGGCGAGCGAGCGCCCGCCCGCCCGGGGCCGGGCAUGUGCGGCGGGGCGACGGGCAGGGCGCCCGGGCAAGGGCGUUUGAAGGAAACGUGAAGCGAGGCGGCGGCGGCGGAAUGGAGGCAGCGCCGCGGCGAAGCCCCGAGCCCCGGGAGAAGCCGCCGGUGCUGGACGGGGAGGCAGCGGGGGCGCCCGCGGGGGCGUCGGGCGCGGCCCCGGCCUCGCCGGCGGCGACGGAGCAGAUCGUGGCGGAGGGCGAGGCGGCGGCGGCGGGCACGUUCGUGCAGCGGCAGCUCGGGGCGAUGCUGCAGCCCGCCGUGAACAAGUUCUCGCUGCGCAUGUUCGGCAGCCACCGGGCCGUGGAGAUCGAGCGGCAACGGGUGAAGUCGGCGGGAGCCUGGAUUAUCCAUCCCUACAGCGACUUCAGGUUUUACUGGGACCUCAUCAUGCUGCUCCUGAUGGUGGGGAAUUUGAUCAUCCUGCCCGUGGGCAUCACCUUCUUCAAGGAUGAGAACACCCCUCCCUGGAUCGUUUUCAACGUGCUUUCAGACACUUUCUUCUUGGCUGACCUGGUGCUGAACUUCCGGACAGGCAUCGUGGUGGAGGACAACACGGAGAUCAUCCUUGACCCUCACACCAUCAAAAUGAAGUACUUGAAGAGCUGGUUCCUGGUCGACUUCGUUUCCUCCAUCCCUGUUGACUACAUUUUCCUCAUUGUCGACCUGGAGACCCAGGUGGAUUCUGAUGUCUACAAGACAGCCCGGGCCUUGCGCAUCGUGCGCUUCACCAAGAUCCUCAGCCUGCUGCGCCUGCUGCGUCUCUCACGCCUCAUCCGCUACAUCCACCAGUGGGAGGAGAUCUUCCACAUGACGUAUGACCUGGCCAGUGCCGUGGUGAGGAUCUUCAACCUCAUCGGGAUGAUGCUGCUGCUGUGCCACUGGGACGGCUGCCUCCAGUUCCUGGUGCCCAUGCUGCAGGACUUCCCUGAGGACUGCUGGGUCUCCAAGAACCACAUGGUGAACGACUCGUGGGGGAAGCAGUACUCGCACGCCCUGUUCAAGGCCAUGAGCCACAUGCUGUGCAUCGGCUACGGGCAGCAGGCCCCCGAGGGCAUGACCGACGUGUGGCUCACCAUGCUCAGCAUGAUCGUGGGGGCCACCUGCUACGCCAUGUUCAUCGGCCACGCCACCGCCCUCAUCCAGUCCCUGGACUCGUCCCGGCGCCAGUACCAGGAGAAGUACAAGCAAGUGGAGCAGUACAUGUCAUUCCACAAGCUGCCUGGGGACACGCGCCAGCGGAUCCACGAGUACUACGAGCACCGCUACCAGGGCAAGAUGUUUGACGAGGAGAACAUCCUGGGGGAGCUCAGCGAGCCGCUCAAAGAGGAAAUCAUCAACUUCAACUGCCGCAACCUGGUGGCCAACAUGCCCCUGUUUGCCAACGCGGACCCCAACUUUGUGACGGCCAUGCUGACCAAGCUGCGCUUCGAGGUCUUCCAGCCUGGGGACUUCAUCAUCCGCGAGGGCACCGUGGGCAAAAAGAUGUACUUCAUCCAGCACGGGGUGGUCAGCAUCCUCACCAAGGGCAACAAGGAGACAAAGCUGUCUGAUGGCUCCUACUUUGGAGAGAUCUGCCUGCUGACACGGGGCAGGCGCACGGCCAGCGUGAGAGCCGACACCUACUGCCGCCUCUACUCCCUGUCUGUGGAUAACUUCAACGAGGUGCUGGAGGAGUACCCCAUGAUGCGCAGGGCCUUCGAGACGGUGGCCAUGGACCGGCUGGACCGCAUAGGGAAGAAGAACUCCAUCUUGCUCCGCAAGCGAGCCGAGCACAGCUCGGGUCCCCUGAACAACGAGAUGAUCCAGCAGAUCGUGAAGCACGACCAGGACAUGGCCCACAACAUCCAGGACCUGCAGCAGAUGGCGAUGGGCCGGGAGCUGAGCGGGAAGCCGGUGAUCUGGGAGCCGCUGGUGCACGCUCCCCUGCAGACGGCGGCUGCCACCACCAACGUGGCCAUCGCGCUGACCCACCAGCACAGCCUGCAGGCUCACAUCUUCCUACCGCCCUCCUCCAUCUCCAGCCCGCUCUCGCCCGAGGCCACCCUGCUCACCAAGCCGGUGCGCCGCUCCCAGCCCAGCCUGGGGGGCUCCCGGCCCUCCUCCGUGAGCUCCCCCUCCGGGGCGCAGUCCCACCUCCAGACUCCGGCCGCCGGCUCGCCUUCCUCCCCCAUGGUCCAGUCCCAGGCGCCGCUGGAGAGCGGGGGCCAGAGACCGAGCCCCGGGGCGCAGCCCCCGCCCCGUGCGGCGCAGAGGGGGGAGAUGGCAGCGGGGGCCAAGCAGCCCCCGGCCCCCGGCCCCCAGCCCCAGCUCUCCAGGUCCCGCGGCGCCUCGGUCUCCACCUCGCUGCUGCAGCAAGCGGCGAGCGCUGCGUCCCCCAGCUCCGAGCAGGCGCUGCCGCCGGGGAGAACGCUCCACUACAGCCUGUCCCGAGCCACCGGCUCCCACAUCUCCCUCCUGAUGCAUCCCCAGCAGCUGGUGAAGCACAGGAGCAUCCAGGGCCUGCCGGUGGGGCGGCUCACCCAGGAUGUCCGCCUCCUCUCUGCCUCCCAGCCCUCCCUUCCCAAUAAAGUGGCCCAGCAAGCCGACGGGAGCUCCUUGAAGCAGGGCAGGAAAUCUGCAGGGAACCUGGCCCGCAGGUCCUCGCCCUCGGUAGCCGGACUCCUCGCCAAGCCGUGCGCGGGGGUCCCAGGCCAGCCCACACACCCGCAGCAGAUGCCUUCAGGAUCGCUGGCUCAGCCCGGCCGCUCCUCGGCGGGAGCGCCCGCUCCCCAAUCCCCGGGCUCCGCGUCCAGGCAGGCAGCAGGUCCCUCCCGCAAGGGCUCCGUGGCCUUCAGCCCCGAGGUGGAAACGGCGAAGCCCAAACUCCCAUCCAACAUGUGAGUCCUGGCGGCACCCACACGGGCAGGAGGGACCCGGGCAUCCCGGCGGCAGAGGAGGCAGGAGAAGCAGAGCACCAGCCCCGCCGUGUCGGAGGGAAAAUGAGGUGAGAGGCAGCACCCGGGGCCAUGGAGGGGCUGAUUCAGGCACGGGGGCACGGCAGGGAUGAGCAUGGGGCCAACCCCAGAGAUGACCUAGCUGGAUGAGGAGGGGGCUCUGCUGACUGCCCCAAGGGGGUCACCCUGCCCGGGCUCUCGCCUCCCUGCUCGUCACCAGCUGUGAGUUCUGCCCUCCUCCCGGAGGCAUAGGACGGGUCAGAGCCCUUGCCCAAAGUCUGGCCUCUCUGGAGAGCUCAGCUCCCCAUAACUGCCCCUUGGGGGCCGGGCCCCCCACGCUCUGUGCCGCGUGUCCCACAGCCUGUCCUCGGGGCCAGGCUGGCGCUGGCAGCUCCUCCAGCUUGUCCUAUGUCACAGCAGGGGCUAUCCCAUGGCCACCUCGAUCCCCAGACUGCUCUGCCCAUCCCUUUGCCUUUAGGGUGAGGAGGGAGAGGCAGCCCCCUGGGCCCGCUGCCCGGGUGGAGGGAGGAGGCCGGAGCCAUGGCUCCCCGGGCAGGCAGAGCGUGGGGGUCCAGGGUCAGCACUCCCCCUUCCCGGAGUGCCAGGGCCUGGGGGUCCCGGGCAAGGCUCCCCUGGUGUGACGAGUUCCAGGGGGCAAUGCUGGGGGCAGAGGGGUCUCCGCUGAGCAGCCCCCCAGUCCCUGUCCCCAGCUUGUGGGACUGUUUUGCCUCAGAGGUGCUGAGUCCCAGUGAGGUUUGGAUGUGCUGCUGAGUAGGGCUCUGCCCCACACCCGGGCACUGCCUCCCCCACGUGCCCCCAUGGGUGCAGCCGGGGGGGAUUCUGCUGCCUGCAGCUCCAGGAGGAUGCUGAGAGGUUCAGCCCAAGGGGAUCCCUCUGUGGCUCCAGGAGGAUGCUGAGAGGUUCAGCCCAAGGGGACCCCUCUGUGGCUCCCGGAGGAUGCUCAGAGGGUCACCUGCGGGGACCCCACUGCCUGUGGCUCCCGGAGGAUGCUCAGCCCGGGCUCUGCUCCCCUCCCCUGCCCUGCGCUGCAGUCCCGUUUCCAGGUUGCCUGGAGAUGUCAGUCACCAGCGCCGCAGGAGCAAAAGGCUGUCACAAGGAGAUGCCAAUCCCGGGCAGCGCCUGGGUGACGUGUGGGGCUGUGGGGUCACCCCCCCAUGGAUCGAACAGGGGCCCGGGGUCCCCACAGAUGCCCCCCUCCCCCCCUAGAGACAGUAGUGUGCAAUGUGUGUGCGAGUCGUGGCUCUGCCGAGCAGCCGAGCUCUGCUUACAGUGUCGCUUUGGGCCAACCGUGUUCAGUCCUGGUUAGAGUAGUGUCCCCUCCGACCCCGCCGCGCUGUGCGAGCUGCUUCCCACCCCCGGAGUCAGGAACCAUGGCUUGUCUUCGUGUUCUGGGGCUCGGCUGCCGCUGAGCGGGGCCCGCCGGACCCCCCAGCGCAGCGGGCGAGGUUUUGUUCCCCUCGGUAUUUACUGAAGUGAGGCGUUCAGUUCUCCACCCUCGUGUUUCGGGGUGUCGGGAGCGCUCCGGGGCGCAGAGCUGCUCUGGGAGCCCGGCCUGCGGGGUGCAGCAGCCCACCAGGAAUCCCGGCAGUGCCUGCCAGAGGGGAUGUCCUGCACUGCCUUUUUCCCAUGGAUUUCAACUUCCCCGUCCAUUCCCACGUCCCGCUCCAUCCCCGUGGUCGGUGUGUCCCCAGCAGCCCCUCGGGCAGGGAUCUGCAGCGGAGCCGCGUGUCCCACGUCCCUGAACAGUGUCAGAGUCCACACUGCGUGAUGUAGAUGUGUUAGCAGCCACCCCAGUGCCCCGCGGAGCGCAGGGGGCCGGGCUCGGACAGCACCGAGCUCCCGCUGGCCGCGCCUCCGGUGCACCCUCCUCACUCCAGAGCCCCGUGUCGGGAGCCAGAGCCACCCUGUGCUCCUGUCACCGCCACCCCUGCCCUGCGCCGGGGCUCCUCGCGGCCCGGUGCUCGCCCCGGUGGAGGCUGGAGGGGCUGGGGGUGCCGGCCGUGCGCGGGCGCAAGUUUAGCCACCAAAGACCACGAUCCUCCACUCUUGCACUCACGGCAGUCGAUGUACAGAGCUUGUAGUUUUCAUAUCGCAGAGAAUUUAAGAGCGUUUUUUUAUUUUUUGGUCGUUGUACAUAAUGGAUUUAAAUAAUAAAGAGAGAUUCUGAGCUGGUCUGGGGGGGAACUCCUUCUGCACCUCCUGCGACCCCACAGCACCCCGCCUGGGGAUGGGACAGAACAGGGGGAUGCUGCAGCACCUCAGCUCCAAUCCUGGCCCUCCGCAGAGCCGGGAGCAGCCAGGACACCCUCGGGAGCCACCCAGGGGCCUCUCCCGGGCCCCACACACCGGGCUGGAGCAGCAGGAGCCCAAAGGCAACAGGUCCCCUCCCACCCACCGCAGUCCCCUUCGGCCCUGGGCAGAUUAAUGUUUAAUCUUUGGCUGUUUUCCCCUUCCAUCUCCGUUCCCUUUAUUGCCGGGGGGAGGGGCAGGUUUGAUACCGCCUGAUUGCAGAGCAGACUCGAGGCAUUAACGCGAUUAAAUGAAGGUCACAGAGCGCAAGGUGGGCUGGGGGGAACCCAAGCCACGGCACUGCGGCGUUUGCAGCCCCUGGCGCAGGAACCGGGGCACAGCUCUGGCUGCUAUACCCUCAUCACAGCAGCCUCAGCACCGCGCAGGCAGGGCACAGGGACAGGCCAGACACGGCAAUGGACACACUGGCAGUGGGCACAGGCAGGGUGUGGGCAGGACACGGUGGCAGCAGGACGUGGGCAGGACUCAGGACAUGGUGGGCAGGUGCUGGCGGCCACCCCGCUCUGCCCCGCGUUGCCCACAGGACGCUGCUGCAGGAAUUAGGCUCUGUGACACACAAAGAGCUCAAUGCUGAUUAGCGGUUUCUCUCUAAUUUGAUUAUUUCAGAUUACACCGCAGCCAGCCUGAUUAAGGGGGCACGGGGCAGCUCUGCGGGGCGGCCGGGAGCAAAAAGAGCGUUUUUUGGGGAAUGAAUUCCAGCAUAUGUCCCAUUCCAAUACUCUUCAAUCCAGUUUGUGUCCAUCUGCAGGGCUGGCAGCUCGGGCGGCCGAGGCAGCGGGGCAGGGACCGGCUGGCCCCCACCGCGUUCCGGGGCACGGCAGAGCCCCGCUGCCCUCCCGGAGCUCCGGGCAAAGCCCCGGGAUACGAGGGCCCCGCAGAGCCCCGGAGGAGCGGGCAGCCCGCCCCCGGUUCCCUCUCCCCAAGGACACCCGUCACGGAACCGGAGGCUCUGCCCCGAGCCCCCGCGUCCCCGGCGGCGGCGGGAGGGGGAUUAGAGGGCACCAGAGAGAUUAAUUAACCCGGGUGAGCCGGGAUUAGGGGAUUCGGGGCGGGCGCCGAUCUGCGGGGCGGGGGCCCAGGCCGGAGAGGGAAGGUGUCACCGCGAGUGCCCACCCAGCGCGUCCUGGGCCCAGGUCACCCCUGCGCCAUCCCCUCGAGGCUCCACGGGCAGCUGGACCCCCGGCACACGGAGUUUCUCCCAC